GGAGACUCAUCAUGUUCCCAGUUUGGUGGUCCAACCUUGUCAUCACCGGGUCUAGCUCCUGCAGAUUCAUGAAUCGAAGGGUCUCUGCAACCUUGAUUUCGGCGAACUGUGGAUCUAAUCUGAUUGAUUAGAUGCGCCUUCGUCGGACUAGACAAGUUCAUCGCCUGCUCAUCCGCACGUGGUGCCACCCAGUUCCCAAGCGGGAGCGCCUGACGAACGCAGGGCCAUCCACGGCUUGCGACCCUAGACGCGUAGUCGGUGUUAGGACCCUCCGUUGCUGUCCAUCGGUCAAUUUCGGAGUGACAUUCAUGUAAACUAUGCUAUAAGAACCAAACUUCGUCAAAUAUUGACAUCGUCUCUCGCUCUACAGUCGACACUCUAGGUUUUUCCACAGUCGGACGAUCUCAGCUCAACCUCUUCUCCUCCUCAACACCUAAGCAAUGGCUGCCGAAGCAGUGCCGCCCCCUCGGGAUGCCGAGCAAGCUCCCGCAGACCAUGUCUCUGAGACAAGUCAAACCGAGAAGCAGGGCUUUACAACCGCUGUCUCCGCGUCCCCGGAUAGCGACGGAGUCUCAGUCAACAGCAGCCUCAGACCAGUUCCUUUGACAUGGAAGCUGGCCUCUGUUGUGUUGGUAACUGCUAUUGGAUUCGGUUCUCAGUGGAGUUCCGGCCUCAGCGGUGCCAUGAAGACAACGAUGAAGAAGGAGAUGAAGAUCAACAACACGCAGUUCUCCCUUUUGGAAGCUAGCGAGGAUUUCAUGGUCACAGCUCUGAUGCUUCUCAGCGGUGUUGUUACGGAUAGGAUUGGUGGCGCUGGUGCCAUGUUAUACGGCAAUUUCCUUUACUCAGCCGGCUCGAUUCUUGUGGCAGCGGCAGCUCAGACCCGCUCUUACAAAUUCAUGAUUGCGGGCAGAGUGAUCCGCUCCCUCGGAGAUAUCGCGACUCAAGUGGCGCAAUACAAAGUCUUUUCAUCCUGGUUCGCCCCCGGCAACGGCUUUGCCUCGACUUUGGGCUUCGAGCUGGGCAUCGGCAAGAUUGGUGCAUUUGCUGGAAAAUCGUCUGCCAAUAUCAUCGCCAAGAAGACGGGAGAUUUCGCUUGGGUGUUUUGGGUUGCCGUUUUCAUGAACCUUUUCACGAACGUCAUGACGGGCGUGUUUUACUGGUUUACAAAGGUUGCGAACAGCAAAUUCCACGGCGUCAGCGACCCAGCCACCGGCGAGAGGUUGAAGGAAAAGACGAAGAAGUUCGAGUUGCGGAAGGUUCUCGAGUUGCCGUGGGCCUUCUGGGCAGUCAUGGGCUUCUCAUUAUUCGAAACGAGUACCGCCAUCGUCUUCCUGCAGAACGCCACCGAGCUCGCCGAGCAGCGCUUCGGCACAAGCUCCAUCACUGCCGGUUGGUACAGCGCUACGUUGCAAUAUGCCGGAUUCUUCGUUGUUCCCCUAUUGGGAGUCUUCCUUGACCUCUACGGUAACCGUAUCUCAGUCUUGGUCUUCUGUGGCAUCGGAAUGUUUACCUCCAUGUUGCUCGUGUGCUUCGCCAAUACCACUCAGGGCACUGCUGCGAGUUUCGGAGUCUUCGCUUUCGCCUACUGCUUUGGACCGGCCACAAUUAUUGACAGUAUCCGCACAUCAAUGUGGGACUCAACCGUCUUUGGUUCAGCAUAUGCUCUGAAGAUCACAAUGAACAACGCGAUGAACAUUGUCGUCCGCGUCAUUACUGGCGUCAUCCAAGACAACGACAACAACUCUUACGACAAGGUGACUAUUGUCUACGUCAUUCUUGCUGGAAUCUCGGUGGUCGUUUCCUUCCUUCUGACGUUUGCUUCCUGGAAGUCCGUCGACCUGGGACACCUUCAGUGGACACGCAAACUGCGCAUUGCGCGUGGCGAGAUCCUCAACGUCAGAAAGGAGAGGUUCUACGGACAGAAUGGCGAGAAGAACAGACUGAUCUCCAAGAGCUGCUUCGUAGCAUUGAUCGUGCUUAUCUUGGGAAGUUGGUGUGGAUACUUCUGGGGAGUUGCGACUGGCAACAACUCUUGAUGACUUGAGCAGAGGACGAAACAGGUUGCGAUGACUCGUAAGGGACAUUCAACAUCGUAAAACAUGGUCAUAAUGAUCAUGAUGAAGUAAUAUUUAGUUGAACUAAUACAAUUGAC